UUAAAAUUUCUUUCCGAAUCAUUUUUAGCUUCAGAGAUCUCGUGGGUAAGACCCUGUCACGUGAUCAUAACAGGAAGCGGAUUCGCGCUUGCUCAGCCUCUCGGUUUAGUGUGCUAACACUGCGUACGUUUUCUACAUGAAAAAGAAAAGUCAGCUGUGUUUCAUUAGUUCAGCAAUGGCUAUUAUCUUCCUCGUAAUGUUUGUGAUGUAUAGCACCUUAAAUUCCCACUAUGUAGCAUCAGGACGUAAAAGGGACUUCAGUAUUGUGGGGAGAACCCUCUACAAGCUGGAUGUCUCCUGGCCCAAAUAUUCAGAACAUUUCACUGGAGAGGUUUUUGGAGUGGCUGUGGACCAUCUGGCCGGUGUAGUAUACGUUGCACAGAGAGGUGAGAAUAUCCCCAAAGUGCUGGUGUUUAGCACAGAUGGAGACUUCCUGCAAGCCUGGAACACCAGCACACUAGAGAUGCCACAUGGCAUUUUCCUGGCCAACGCUUCGAGUGCCCCCUCUGUGUGGAUAACUGAUGUGGGGAAUGGGCCUUAUGGACACACUAUAAAGCAGUAUUCUCCCUCGGGGAAGCUGCUGCAGGUGCUGGGAACAGCAGGGAAAGCCGGCUCUGGUCUCACUCCACUACAAUUUGACCAGCCUGCUGAGAUUUUCAUCCACGACUCCACCAGAGAGAUUUACAUUGUGGAUGGAGAUGGAGGAAUGAACAACCGGCUCAUCAAACUGUCCCAAGACUUGCAGAUGGUGUGGAUGCAUGGUGAGAAAGGUGAGGGACCCUCGCAGUUCUACAUCCCUCACAGUGUGGCUGUUGAUAACUUUCAGAGGGUGUGGGUUGCAGACCGAGGAAAUAAGCGGAUUCAGGUGUUUAACUCUGUGACAGGGGACUGGCUGGGCUCAUGGGGAAGCUGCUUCACAGACGAUGCACCCUACUCCGUGAGGCUCACCCCUGACCAGAAGUACCUUGUGGUUGCACAAUUAAACACUAACCGUGUCACUCUGCUGGAGGCUCCACCUGUGGGAAUUAUUGGCCAGUGCAAAGUGGUGAGUUCCAUCCAGCUGGCUGACGACAUUAAACCUCACCUGGUGGACUUGGAUCAGAAAACCGGAGUGCUUUAUGUGGCAGAAAUCGGAGCUCAGCAGGCUCAGAAGUUUGUACCGAUCACAUUCAGGAAUAAUGUCCUUUAAAUCGGUGACUUCACCUGCUCAGAGUGAGGUGUUUUGAAGGAAAUACAAGAUAAUUUAAACUUGGCAUCAUUUGGAUUAACAUUUGAUAAAGGAGUAAACCCUUAUAUCAUAUUUGGGUUAAAUAUUAUACUGUAAUAAUAUUUGUAAAAAAUAUUUUCCGGAUGCCAGAUGUAAGCUGAAAAAAGUGCACUUUAUUUUAGUAUGAGGGAUGAUCAGAAUACUUUGUUUGCAGUUGUAUGUAAUACAGGAUGUCUGUGCAGGUGAAUGUUUUGGCUGGAAUAAAAAAAAAAUCAUUUUCAACAUAAAAGUACGUAUUUAAGUAUGAAUUCAGGCACAAAAGUGUUCUGAACUGUAAGCAUAAUUACAACAUCUUGCUUGAUGUUGAGUGCUUCCAGGUGCUUUUGAAUGUGACUGUAACUGUAUUUGCCAUGUCUUUUUGCAUGAAGCCAGUCUGUAAUGCUUUACCUUGUGUUAUAACAAUUUAAUGUUAUUGUGCUUCUGCUGUAAUUCUUGUUUGUUCUGUGAAAGUCUGUGAUUUGUAAAAUAAUAUGGAUCGACAUGCCACUAUAUAACUUGUUUUUAUCCAUCUUGAAAAUCACAGACUGGGCUGUCUGUAAGAGACAUUUUCUUCUUUUUUUAAGAGUUAUUUUAAGUAUGUUGCUAGUAAAUGUAUGUGGGCUUGUGACCAAUAUUGCCUAAGGUUUAUGUGUAAAUGAAAAUUCACAUGGAGUUUACCGUCCUCAAAUUUUUAAAGUAGUUAUUUUUAUUUGAGACUCUAAUUAUUAAGUUAGUCAACUUUUCACUACAUUUUUAAUGGACACUUACAGAGCUCAUUACAAGGGGGCCAAAUAUGUGAUGAUGAUGAUGAUGAUGAUGAUAAUAAUAAUAAUAAUAAUAAUAAUAAUAAUAAUAAUAAUAAUAUCUAUUAUUGUUACAAAUUGUCAUUGAGCAGUUUUUUGUUUGUUUUGUAGGUGUUGAUGUGUACAUUUGUAAUGUGAAUCAAUCAAUCAACUAAUCAAUGUAGCAAAAAAGAAUCAUGUUUCUACACUCAGUGUUAAUGCAACUGACUAGUUUAGAUUUUUCUGUAGUGUACAAAUGUAAAGGGGCAAACAUGCCCAAAGUACCUAAAGUAACUGUCAUUUGUCUUUACUGGAAAAUAACUAUUGUGGGAUUAAAUCAUUAUUUUCAAACCAAAGCUUCCUUUACGGCUGUAAAUGUCAAUACUCAUCUGUCAAUACAAUGCUCAACUGA